GCCCCGCGCUCCCUCCCUGCCGGCCUCGCACCGCGCCGCCGCCCCCGGGGGCGGGGGGAGUCGCGGCGAGUGGAUGCCCGGCGGGCACCGCCGGGGCACAGACCCGCGGACGCCAUGGGCUGCUGCAGCUCCGCCGCGCAGAGCUCCAAGCGAGAGUGGAAGCCUCUGGAGGACCACAGCUGCACAGAUGUACCAUGGCUGCUCUUAUUCAUCCUCUUCUGCAUAGGAAUGGGUUUUAUUUGUGGCUAUUCAAUAGCUACAGGAGCAGCUGCAAGACUGCUUUCAGGAUAUGACAGUUAUGGAAAUAUUUGUGGACAGAAAAAUGUCAAGGUGGAGGGAAUAGUCAACAGUGGUCUGGACCUUACACACAAGAAGUAUGUAUUCUUCUUGGAUCCAUGCAAUAUCGAUAUAGUACAUCAGAAAAUCAAGUCCCUUGCCUUGUGUGUAUCAGCUUGCCCAAGGAAAGAACUAAAAACUCUGGCUGAUAUUCAGAAAUUUGCAGAAACUAAUGGAUCUACUCUGUGUAGCUAUGAACUGCAGUCAUCAGAAUAUACUACAGACCCAAGGGCUGCCAAGUUAUGUCCUAAAUAUCCUGUUCCAGAGAGUGCACCUAUUCCAUUCUUCCAUCGCUGUGCUCCUGUGAACAUUUCCUGCUAUGCCAAGUUUGCAGAGGCCCUGAUCACCUUUGUCAGUGACAGUAGUGUCUUACACAGGCUGAUUAGUGGAGUUAUGACCAGCAAAGAGAUUAUAAUGGGACUUUGCUUGUUAUCACUAGUGUUGUCCAUGAUUUUGAUGGUUAUAAUAAGGUACAUUUCAAGAGUACUUGUCUGGAUUGUAACAAUUCUUGUCAUUCUGGGAUCACUUGGUGGUACAGGAGUCCUGUGGUGGCUCUAUGCUAAGAAACGAAUGUCUGCCAGUGCUCUCGAGACUCAAAUAGCCAAAGACAAUCUUCAGGCUCUCUUGAUCUAUGCCAUUGCAGCUACAGUCUUCACGGUUAUCUUAUUCUUGAUCAUGUUAAUAAUGCGCAAAAGAGUAGCUCUCACCAUUGCCUUGUUCCACGUGGCCGGCAAAGUCUUCAUUCACCUGCCACUGCUAGUCUUCCAGCCAUUUUGGACAUUCUUUGUGCUCAUCCUCUUCUGGGCAUACUGGAUCACAGUCCUGCUUUUCCUUGGUACUACAGGUAGUCCUGUCCCAAAUGAAGAAGGAUUUGUCGAAUUUCGGAUGGUAGGUCCUUUGAAAUACAUGUGGUGGUACCAUGCAGUAGGACUCAUCUGGAUCAGCGAGUUUAUCCUCGCCUGUCAGCAGAUGACAGUAGCAGGGGCUGUUGUGACAUACUAUUUUACAAGGGAGAAAAGAAAUCUGCCAUUUACUCCUAUUCUGGCAUCUGUUAAUCGCCUUGUUUGUUACCACCUAGGAACAGUAGCAAAGGGGUCUUUCAUUAUCACACUAGUGAAGAUACCACGAAUGAUUCUAAUGUAUAUUCAAACACAACUCAAAGGAAAAGAAAAUGCUUGUGCUCGCUGUAUGCUUAAAGCCUGCAUCUGCUGCCUUUGGUGUCUAGAAAAGUGCCUGACAUACUUAAAUCAGAAUGCAUAUACAGCCACAGCUAUCAACAGCACCAAUUUCUGCACCUCAGCAAAGGAUGCCUUUGUUAUCCUGGUGGAAAACGCUUUGCGAGUGGCUGCCAUAAACACAGUUGGAGAUUUUAUGCUGUUCCUAGGAAAGGUCCUGAUUGUCUGCAGCACAGGUUUGGCUGGCGUUAUGUUGCUGAAUUACCAACGAGAUUACACCAUCUGGGUGCUGCCACUCAUCAUUGUCUGCCUCUUUGCAUUCCUGGUUGCUCACUGCUUCCUUUCUAUUUAUGAAAUGGUUGUUGAUGUCCUUUUCUUAUGUUUUGCCAUCGAUACAAAAUACAACGAUGGGAGUCCUGGGAGGGAAUUCUACAUGGAUAAAGUUCUCAUGGAGUUUGUGGAGAAUAGUAGGAAAUCUAUGAAAGAAGCUGGCCGGGGAGGUGGAGCUGAGAGCAGAGAGCUAAAACCAAUGGUAGGUGCAGAUGAGGAGGUGGCGAUCCUCCAAGAGUUUCACUUUUACUUCUUCUCCCUCUUUGUCUUUACUGACUGCACUUCUUCAGGAGAAGUUUUUGUUCUCUGUAUCACUCAAGAUGUUCUGCUUUUUCUGUUUGUGAGCUUGCCUAUCACCUGGAUGGCAGAGUUUUUGUCACAGCUGAGACCAUCUCCUGUAAAAGUAAGAUGAAAGGAACUGUCUCAUAUGAAACAAAUGCAGUAUAUUUCAUUAGGAUUCGUGAGGCAUGCUAUGUGGUGUACACAGACAGCCCCAGUUGCUGUUUAGUCUAAAAAUAAGAUGGCUCUGAAAUUCAUUGGGCUAUUCUGACUUUAAUCUCUUCUCAGCCCUGAGAUGAACAAUUUUUGCUCAUGUUACAUUCACUGCAAAAGCCUGAAGAACACUACUGAGCGCAGCCAUUGUUGCAAAGUAGGACCAGGCAUUUAAAGCCCUCACCAAAUUAUCUUACACCAUGCCAAGGAAUUGGAUAGAGUGAUUCCUUUCAACCUGCUCAAAUGACAUUUCUCCCAGUUGUUUGUUUUUAUUGCGAACUACUUAUGUUGCUUGUCUCUUGUGUGCUCUUUCCAUCUCACACUGUCAGAUGCACAGACAGUGAACAAUGCAUCAUUUAUGCUUUUGCAGCCUGUUUUACUUAUGGUGUGCCUGUUAGGAAGGCAUUGCAUGUCUGAGUAGCCUGGAAUAAGGAACACUAUACGUGGUACAGAUAACAGAUAGGAGGAUAAGUUUGGAAGGUGGAGAACAGAGAGCGUAUAAUGGAGAGCCAGUCUGGGCAAGGUACGACUUGUCAUCGUGCAAUAUGAUUUUGUGAAAUAGAAUAUUUUUUUCUGCCAUUACUUUCUCAGAGCGUUUGGGGUCUGAGUCAUUUCCAUACUAUGGGGAUAAUUUUUUAACCAAAUGGAAUCUAAAUAAGUGUAUGCUAACAGAAGAAUUUCUUUUUUUUCAACAAUGUACAUGAAGCCAUUUUGCAUGAGCACUUUUUGAACAAGCUGGAAUGGGUUCCUGCUAUAGACUGAUGUGUAGCUUUGCGUGUUUUGCUAUUUCAUUAUGGCAUACCACUCUCUAGAUUUGCUUAUGCCUAAAUGCUGCUGUGUUUAUACAUAUGAAAAACUAAUUCUAUGCUCAUUUACUGUUUCUUCUGGGAGUAAUUCUAGCUGUUCAAACAGACACUAAUGUUGGGAUUUUCAGAGUGAUCCAAAUGCUGUAGAUGCAAAUGUGCCAUUAAAAAUGAUUGAGACUUUGGGUGUGCAAACCCUCUAGUCACAUGCACAAAAAUUUCAGUUCAAAAUUUUAUUAUGUAGUGGUUUUCCACUUACACUGUUGUUGGUACUAUCACAGACCGCUACUUAUACUUUUGUACCUGACUGCCUAAAGCUCGGAUGUGAAAAACCUUUAUUCACCCCGCCCCUUACAAAAGGGCAAACAGAGUUACCUGCAAGUCAAGGGUGGUGUUAUUCUUGUAGGAACUUGUUUCUAGGCACUCGAGCCUGGUACUGCCUGAAAGUCCUCAUAGGACUACUGCAGAAGAUGCUGAGCACUUGGGGCUCAGCAUGGGAGUCACCUGCUGAAUUACUCCCAGUUCUGCUGCUCAUGUGAUUGUUUUGUUUGGAACUGAUUGGGCCUUGUUUUCUCAAGUGGCUUUCCAUUUUUGGGCAUUCAGCUCCAGUUGAGUGGGUUUUGAAAUACUAGGGUCUCACUUCCUGAUGAGGAUGGGACACAGUGGUUACCUCCGUUAAAUUUCUGAUACCUUCCCCAAAGUGUCAAUAAAGGCCUCAGUUAUGUCUGGCAUAGAACCAUUCAUAAGUCUAUCCUGUAAUGGUAGUGCCCAUAGUCUCAAAAUUGCACGUCUGAAAAUGAGAUUACUACUACUAUUUUUCCUGUUCUUUUAGAAAUAGAAUCUCUACUGUCUUGCUUCAGUACCCUUGAAAUGCAGAUAUUUCUUAGAAUAUGACAAUUAUUUCUGAAAGUGAAACACCCUAAGUGGAGUUGUGCUUAAAGUAGGUAAUAAUAGCAGAGACGAGGAAACAUUUAGGACCUUCUGUUCUUGUAUCAGGGCACAAGAAAAAAAAAACAACAAACACCUUUUCACACUUUUUUCUUUAUGGCUUCCAGCGACCCCUUUGACUCAGUUUCUACUUGUCCUUUGGCAUUUGUCUAAGACUGUACUGUAUGACUUUGUUUUCUAGGCCUCUGGAGCAAGUUCAUCUUGAAACUAGCCAGCCAUAUUGGAACCCAUUGACAUUCCAAAACAGUAUAUAUAUACAUAUAUACAUAUAUAUAUAUAUAUAUAUAAAAAUAAACAGCCAAAAUCAGAGAAAAGGAACAGGGAUUUAAAACUUUUUUUAACAAUUAUUUUUGUGAAACAUGUACUCUUUUCAUACGGGUGGCUUUUACAAGCAGCUUUAUCAUUGUUCCAUUUCUUAAAUUAUUGAUUGUGGUCAUGGAAAUGUUGAUUCUUAUCUGCUUGGUAUUUUACAAUCUGGAGGAGGUAUCGUUGUAAAGAUAAUCUGAAAUCAUGACUGGGUUUAGAGACAGAUUUCCCAUGACAUUGCUAAUCUGCUGAGACUUUUACUUGUUUAGUUUCCUUUCAAUUUGCAUUAAAUUUGGGACAGUCACAUGUACAGAAAACCUUGAAAUCAAGAAAAGUCUUAAAUUUAGUUUUUCAGAAGGUGGUUUCAGUGAGAAUUCAUUCAGUUCAAAUCGGUUUGUAAGCAGUUAUUUUACUUUACAACCCUGGCAGGGCACAGUUUUGUUCACCAGUAUCAGACAUCACAAUAACCAACUCCUCAGGUAUUCAGGUGUGUGGGAGCCCUUGCAUCUCCUAUUAAACAGAACCUACAAAAUGGGGACAGAUAAUUUUUAUAUGCAAUCAACUUCCUGCUUUACCCUACUUGCCCCUCAUACCCGUUGCCCUCUAUCCUCCCCUUGAGUUCAGUAACCUCCUUCACACUUCAGCAGUGUUCCUUUGAAGGGUAUGGAUUCUGCAUAUGGGCAAUUGAAAUAACAGAUUGUUUAAGCUCAGUCUUAGCCAUACUCAUGAUUAAUUCAUGACUAGAUACAAAGAUGCUGAGGAGGGGAAGAGAAAUGAACUGUACUACUGUACAUAAAAAAGUACUGUAUGCUUCAUUUCAUUUAAUGCCAGAGAGCUCUGGGAGGUAGAAGGGAUCAUUCCUUGCCUGUUGUUUGAUCCAUAUAUGUAUGUACUGUAGUGGGUGGCUAAAAUGGGAAAGGGCAGAGAAACAUUUCUUUGGAAGUGUAGCUGCCAGGAUAGUUAUCUGAAGUUAUUAAAUAAUGACAAGAGAACAUGCUUUUUUAUUAUUAGUAGUAGUACAAAAUUUCUUUUCAGUCUGGAAGCUCGCCAGAUAUGAAUGCUAAUAUUCAAUUAUUCAACUUAUUGUAAUGGUAAAUGCUUAAGUGUAUUUGCUAAGAAUUCAUGAUCUGUCUAUGCUAUAUAUUCCUUUUGUUACAAUUUUUUUAAGAAAACUAUUUUUGUUAAUGUAAAGUUAAUAUUUCAGAGCAGAAUUUUUAAACUUAUUGCACUAAAUACAAGCUCUCUACAAAUAAACGAUGCCUCAAUGGUACAAUCACUCCAUUCAAGAAAAUCUUUUGAAAGAGAAAAGUCUUUCUACAGAAGCUUUGUAAUGGAGUAGAAAGGUAUGUCUAGGUAGAGACAUGCACAACUCAUGUUAUCAAGGUUUAGUAAAUAAGCAGUUAUUUGUGCUUCCUGUCAGAGGAUCAGACUUCCAAAUUGCUGCUGAAGAUUUAAAGAAUUAUGUAGUAUCAUGUAGCUAACUAGUGCUCUUAUCUUUUGGCAAUAGUAAAAUAUUUCACUUUUGCUUCCAGAAGGCAUUUGAUAACUUAAAUUUGGUAGGUUUUCUUUCGGUAAGCCAGUUAAAAGAAGGAUUUACACUUUUCAUAUCACAGACCCCAAACUAUGUGAGAGGUGUGAAAAUAAAGGUACAUGUAGAAAGGAUAGCUGCUGGGGAGGCAGAGAGACAGAAUUACUCAGUCCUGGAAGCACUUAGACACUCAUUUAAGUGAACUAUAUCAGUACCUCCACUAACAUCAGAAGGGCUCUCUAAGUAUUGAAGUUGUAACGUACACAUCUGUGUAAGUGCUAACUGGGCUAGAGCUUCAACCUAGGGAUUCAGACUGGAGCACUGGUGAGGCCUCUCAGUGCAAGUCAGAGGUCAGUCUUGCCUAGAAGAAGCACUGGAGCAGUCUUACUUUUGUGGAGAGGAGACCUUCCUGCUGUACCAGUGUCUAAGACAGCAGUGGCUCUCAACACCAAUAUUUGUGUAGAUCAGGAGGGUUUAACCACGCCAGAAACUUAAAAACUGGCUUAGAUGAAUCCUAGAAACUGGAUUCCAAGGCUAAAAGACUUAUCGAGUACCCAGUUGCUUCCAGAAAAAUUAAUUUUCUUCUCGUUUGGAGGCUAUUGGAGGUGCUUAAUCAAAGAAGCCUUGUAUUCUGCGCAUUUUGAUAAAAAAGUUCUGCCAUGACUGAUCCCACAAGUUUGUGUUCCCUGCUCACUGGAAGUCCUGAGUGGGGACUUUUCUCUGUAAUUGCAACUAGGACUGCAGUUGGAAACAAAUUUUGUAUUUUUGUAUUACUUGACUGUGCACCAUUUUUAUAGCAGUUUAUCCUGUCUUAAAAAUAAAUUUGUUUUAUUUACAUGGUGUUUAAAAGAUACAGGCAACACUUUUCUAUGGGUAGUUGUAAUGUUUAAGUGAGAAAUCUAUAUCAUUACGAAGUUCUUAAUAAAAUUGUGUGCACCACUCUUGAGUGUAUAUCUGGCAUGCAGAGCUUUUAAGUCAUGCCAAAAAGGCGUUCCAUCCACAUGCAGAUUUUCCAGUGUCCCUUUAAAGCUUUUGAAUGUCCUUUGAAGUUCAUUUGCAACCAAACUACAAGCUGCCCUCUUCCAGCCCUGUCUUGUGCAGGGAGAUAAGCAGAAGACAGAGUUCUGAAGAGACAACUUUUCAGGAGAAAUUGAGACUCUGCUUUCCUAUCCUAGUGGGGAUAGCGGAGUGAGAGGACACUUUGGCAUGUAAAUUGCUAUAGAGAUGUUGGUAGUAGGGGUGCUGGGCUCUGCCAGUUGUGAUGGAUUCAAUACUUUUUUUUUGACUGUUGGUUAUUAAAGCCAGUAUGUGGACUGCUUUGUGGGAAGCAGUCUAGACUAACUAGAGAGCGAUGCUGCAGCGAGAAUAACAAUGCAGGAGGAGCAAGAUGAGACAGCUGAAACAGAGAAAUCAUCUCCUUGGCAAGUCCAUUGAAUCAAGUACUGCUUGAGGACUGGAGAUUUAGACUGGACAAUCUGGGUUUAGAAACAAUCAGUGGGAUUACUAGUUCCCAGCCGUUGGUUUCCGCAGAUGGUCUGUAUCAUAGCCUCUGACCAGCUAGGUUACAAAGUGAAAAAAGUAUACAAUUCUUUAAAUUGCUAGAAUUUUUACACAUUAUUUUACUCACUGUUUUAUUUGGAAGUUGAACAGCAGUGUGUAAUCUUUAUUGCUUCUUCCAACCCUGGAGGAUUUUUUUUUUUUUUUGUUCUUUUAGGUCUCAUUUCUGUAUUGCUCUUUCAGUAAAGGAGUGCCAAGUGGCAGUGUCAGCUCCCCUUUGCCCCACUGAUCUUACCACAUUCCCUCUCACUUUCCUGAGGCAAUGAUUUAGGAUAUCACCUGGACAAUGAGAGGGGGAGUAGGUGCUGAGCUAAAGUCCUAAGAUAGGAUUUUUUUUUUAUGAUAUCACUCCAUCACUGUGUUAAAAGUGCAACCCAUCUCUUCCGCAGUUUCACUGCUGUUCCACAGCUAGGCUAAACACUAUGGCCAGCUUAGAAUUGCAUUUUCAACCUUCUUGUAGCUCCCAGCUGCCAAAAACAGGAUGGGGUUUUAAAUGUGGCCUUAGCUUGGCAUAGUAACUGAAGGACUUUCUGCAUUAGGGAGAGGGGAGAACUAGCAGUGAAAAACCCAGUUAAAAUGCUGUGGUGGGUUGACCCAGGCUGUCAUAUAAGCUGCUAUUCUGUUGCUUGCUCAGUCCCCACAGAAGGAUGGGAGAGAGCAGUGAAAGGACAAAAAGCACUGUUAUAAAGGCAGUUCAUUAAGUAAGAGGAAAAACGGAAAAAAAAAGAAAGAAACCCAAGUGAUACAAAGGCAGUCACCAUCUCCCACCAGCUGACAAUGCCCAGCCAAUCUCCAAGCAGUGGCUACUUUGGAACCACCCCAGUUUUAUAGCUGAGUAUGACCUUAUAUGUUAUGGAAUAUUUCUUCAGUCUGUUCAGAUCAGCUGUCCUGGCUGUCCACCCUCUCACCUCUUUACCCAACUCCAACCUACUCUGCUGGAGUAGCAGAGUGACAAACAGAGAAGGCCAUUCACCCUGUGCAAGCACUGCUCAGCAACAGGUAACAUUGAUAACAUUGUGUUAUCAAACACUCCUUUGGUUGCAGAUCUGUGACACAGCACCUUGUAGGUUGCUGUGAAGGAAAUUAACUGCAUCCAGCCCAACCCAGUACACAGGUCCACUUACCCAGUAGUUAAUCCAGGACUUGCUCCCUGCAUUUCUGUACAGCAUCUUCUCAGGGUGGUUACUUCUUUCUGAAAGGGCUUUUUUUGCAGCAGGCAAUUAGCCUGCUCCACAGUGCUCCCUUUCAUGGAGGGAGCAGGGGAUGUUAGCUCUUACUCUUUCAGCACAUAAU